UAUUUUUUCUACUCCUUUUCUUCUCUUCCAAGCCUACUCGUCGCUUUUGCAGCCAUGGUUCUCGAGGCUACUAUGAUAUGCAUUGACAACUCGGAAUGGAUGCGAAACAGCGACUAUUCUCCGUCUCGAUUUCAAGCCCAAGCUGACGCCGUUAGUCUUAUCUGUGGAGCUAAAACCCAGUCUAAUCCGGAGAACACGGUUGGGAUUUUGACUAUGGCGGGGAAAGGAGUUCGUGUAUUGGCUACUCCUACCAGUGAUCUCGGAAAAAUCUUGUCUUGCAUGCACGGUCUUGAAAUGGGGGGUGAGAUGAACCUAGCAGCUGGAAUUCAGAUUGCUCAGUUGGCUCUGAAGCAUCGCCAAAACAAAAAUCAGCAGCAAAGGAUUAUAGUUUUUGCUGGAAGUCCUAUUAAGCAUGAAAAGAAGGCAUUGGAGAUAAUUGGAAAGAAGCUGAAGAAGAACAGCGUAGCUCUUGAUAUUGUCGAUUUUGGUGAGGAAGAAGAUGGAAAACCAGAAACAUUGGAGGCUCUUCUUGCAUCUGUUAAUAACAAUGACACUAGUCACAUAGUUCACAUCCCUCCUGGUCAAAAUGCACUAUCUGAUGUCCUUAUCAGCACGCCUGUGUUCACUGGGGAUGGGGAAGGAGGAAGCAGCUUUGCUGCUGCUGCAGCAGCAGCUGCAGCUGGUGGUGUUUCUGACUUUGAUUUUGGUGUGGAUCCAAAUAUAGAUCCAGAGCUGGCUCUUGCUCUAAGGGUUUCCAUGGAAGAGGAGAGGGCAAGGCAAGAAGCUACUGCCAAGAGAGCUGCUGAAGAAGCCAGUAGACAAGAGACAGGAGAGGAAGCCCAACCACAGUCUGAUUCUAAAAAUGCAACUUUGGCUGCUACUGAAAAAAUUUCUGAUCCAAUGGAUGAGGAUGAUGCUUUGCUAAAGCAGGCCCUUGCAUUGUCAAUGAAUAUCCCUGGAUCUGAUUCUUCUGCAGGUGAUGCUCAAAUGUCUGAGGCAACUAAUGACGAUCAGGAAUUGGCCUUGGCACUUCAGAUGUCCAUGCAGGACGGUUCUAAAGAUUCAUCAGCUCCAUCAGAUGUGAGCAAAGUUUUGGGAGAUCAGUCUUUUAUGUCAUCCAUUCUUUCAUCACUUCCAGGGGUCGACCCAAACGACCCAAAUGUGAGAGAUCUGCUAGCAUCUUUGCCGGGCCAAUCCGAGUCACAACAAAAGAAGGAUGAAGAUGAGCAGAAACCUAAAGAUGACAAAUGAAAAUCUACAUGCCAUUAACGGUCAAUGUGUGGGGCGAUUCUCACCGAUUUCUCUCCGAGUUAAGAUCAUUGUUCUCCCGAAACUCGAGUAAUGUGUCGAAACUGUGAAUGCUUAUGGGUCAAUACGUCUAUGGGAUUGGGACGUUGUCAUUCAUGUCUGAACUUUAUUUGCCUAGGAAAAGCAGGAUUUGGUAGUGUUUGAUGACGCA